AUGGCUGAAAAAGUGAGCGAAUAUCAAGAAGAAUAUUGUAAGAGAAAAGGAAGAUGGUCAAACAACACCGAAUGGAAGUCGUUGAAACCAUGCAGCAAAUCGUACGAAGAGCAGCCCGUCGGUGGCAGAAAAGCAAAAAUCGACGAUGGAAUGAAAAAAUCUGAUGCAAAUUUUCAGUUGGCUUGUUCUGGAUGUGUCUGUGCUCAGCUCAAUAAAAAUGAAAAAAAUUUCUGUUGCUGCAUUUGUCACAAGACUGCGGGAAAGUAUCCAAACAUGCCUGUUCCGUCUGUUCACAAAUUGAGAUACAUUUCUGAGAAUUAUGUGACUGCAGACAACUAG